CCGCGGGCACCGUCGCCAGGCCGCCAGCCCCUGCGCAGAAGAUCGAUGGAGCGGGACCCCGGGUCUACGGCCGUGUCCCCCGUGAGACUCGGUAUGGUGAGCCCGUAGGGGACUCCGAGCAUGCGGGAAGGCCAGUGGUGUGGAACAUGCCUCCGCCACCCAGUGCUUCUGCUUCCCAGGGCCACACCCACCCAUGCCCAUGGCCUGCGCGGGCCUGUCGCUCUCCAGCGCCUUUGACAUCCUAGGUGCCGCGGGCCAAGGCAAGCUCCUGCAUCUCAAGCACAAGCUGAAGACCCUGCGGCCGGGCUGCCGGGGGGCGGACCUCCUGCACGCCAUGGUGCUCCUGAAGCUGGGCCAGGAGACGGAGGCCAGGAUCUCCCUGGAGGCGCUGCAGGCAGAUGCAGUGGCGCGGCUGGUGGCCCGCCAGUGGGCCGGCAUGGACAGCACCGAGGCCCCAGAGGAGCCCCCAGACUUGUCCUGGGCAGUUGCCCGGGUGUACCACCUGCUCACCGAGGAGAAGCUGUGCCCGGCCGCUAUGCGGGACACGGCCUACCGGGCUGCCCUCCAUACUUUCCGCUCCAGGGAUGACCACCGGCUCGCCGAGCUCCAGGGAGAGGCCCAGGACCGGUGUGGGUGGGGCAUCAUCGGGGACCCAGGGAGCUUCCAACCCCUUCACUCUGACCUGGGCUGCUUGCCAGCCUCCUCAGCGUCACCCUCAGGCACCCGCAGCCUCCCGCAGCCCAUAGAGCACCUCUCGGGCUGGAGCAGAGGGCGUUCCCUGAGAUCCACCGGCAGCCCCUCCUCCCUGGCCAGCAAUCUGGAAAUCAGCCAGUCGCCCACCCUACCCUUUCUCAGCCAUCCCGGCAGCUGCCAUGGGCCCAGCAAGCUGUGUGACGAGCCCCAGGCCAGCCCAGUGCCCGAGCCUGCCCCCACGGGCUACCAGGAGCCUGAGGAGGUGAGCUGGCCACCGUUGGAAGAGACGGUCAGCCCCCCAUCCAUGGAGACUGCCAGCCCCCCACGGAGGGAGACCGUCAGCCCCUCAUCUGGGGAGAGUGCCAGCCUCCCAUUGGGGGAGACUGACCGCCCCCCAUCCAGGGAGAGUGACAGAUCCCCGGUGCUACCAAGCAGCCCAGUCCCUAGGGUUACUAAACUGGUCCCAGAUGCAAGCCAUGCUGGCCAGCCAGAUGCCCCCAGAGCUCUGGAAAUCAGCACCCACUACCUCGUGGAGUGCACCGAAGAGUUGGGAGGCCCGAAAUCUUCCUCCUUGGCCUCCAGAAACCCUUGCCCUGACAAGGACCAGACCCCACUCCCACUUCCUGUGGAAGAUAAGGCUUCCCAGGUGGCCAGCCCACGCCCACCCAUGCCGCCAGCCCCGCCCACGUCCUCUCCGGGCCCUCCUCCGUCCACCCUUCCUUCCCCCGGCCUGGCGUCCAGCCCCUGCCCCCCUUCUCCCGAGCUGGAGUCAGAGCAGAAAUUCUAUAACUUCGUGGUCCUGCACGUCGCCGCGGAUGAACACAUCGCCCUGAGGGUUCGGGAGAGGCUGGAGGCCCUGGGGGUUCCCAAUGGGGCCACCUUCUGCGAAGAUUUCCAGGUGCCCGGGCGGGGUGAGCUGCAUUGCCUGCAAGAUGCCAUCGACCACUCGGCCUUCACCGUCCUGCUGCUCACCCCCAGCUUCGACUGCCACCUGGGCCGCCACCAGGCCAGCCAGUCGCUGAUGAGCAGCCUCAUGCGGGAAGAGUGGCAAGGCUGCGUGAUCCCCUUCCUGCCGCGGGAGAGCUCCCGGGCCCAGCUGAGCCCGCACACGUCCAGCCUGCUCACCGGCCUGGUGUGGCUGGACGAGCACUCCCAGAUCUUUGACAAGAAGGUGGCCAACACCUUCAAGCAGCAGAAGCUACGAGUCCGCAAGGCCCAGUGGAAGAAGGAGCAGGAGGUCCGGGCCCUGCAGGAGCAGUGCCGGCACCUGGAGGGCGAGCGGCAGCAGGUGGCCAAACUGAACGCCGCCUACUCGGCCUACUUCCAGAGCUGCUGGAGCUGGCAGGAGCAGAUGGAGGCCCUGCGGGCGGCCUUCGGGAGCCACAUGCCAUUUGGGACACAGAUGUCCCCCGGGGGCCCGGGGCCUAUGGGCGCCCCCCCGCCCUUUCCCUUCUGGCCGGGCCACCAGCCACCCCCGGGGCCUGCGUGGGUGGCCGGCUCGCCCGCGUCAGCCUUCCCGCCGCCCCCGGCCUUCUUGCCGCCCCCCGCCUUCCCGCCGCACCCCGGCUUCCCGCCUCCCGGCCCCGCGCCCCCCCAGAGCCCCGGGCUGCAGCCCCUGAUCAUCCAUCACGCCCAGAUGGUGCAGCUGGGCCUCCACAACCACAUGUGGAACCAGAGAGGGACCCAGACGCCCGAGGACAAGACGCAAGGGGCAGAGGGGCCGGGAGGCGGGCAGGAGGACCCGGACCUUGGGGACGCUCCCACCGUUUCCAGAGGGGGCAGAGGAGCGUGACGUCGGCCGCCGCUCCGCGGAAACCGUGCAAAGGGGACCCGAUGACUUUCUGGCGCGCACGGUGUCCAGAACUGGACGCGGCAUUUUCGAAUUCUGCCCUGUGUGGUGGUGCGGGGAGCGGGCGGGGGAUGUGGCUACCGUGCUUUAAUUGUGGUAACUAUUUAUUGAAUGUUUCUGCGGUGCCGAUCUCCUCUGGGAGACGACUUCUGUUCCCAAAAAAGUGAACCCGAGAAGAGGAGCGGGCUUCUCCGCGUGUGAGGCAGGGACCCGUCACAGUGUGCGGUUUCUCGAAUAUCAUUGGCCAGAGCGUAGUCACGUGGUACCUCGGGUACAAGGGACGUUGGGAAAUGUAGUCUUCUGCUGGGCCAAGCGCUUUGCUUAAAGUUUUGGUUCUAAUACAAGAGAACAGGGAAAGAAAAGACACAGCAUUUAGCACCCACUGCUGUAGCCCCUCUUUUUUGGGCUUCUUUUGGCCGCGGGGUCCUGCUUUGGUAUGUCGUGCCACCCCUCCACCUCUCUUGGCUCAGAUCUGACCACGUGAUCUUGGGCAAAGGCCUUGGGCUCUCCGAGCCUCCAGUUCUCAUUUGAGAAGUGGGUGUGGUGUUUCAAGGUCAGCAGAUCCUGCGCGAGACACUGAAGCUCGCAGUGUAAGUGCUCAUAAACAGCAGGCCUGGAGGGGACGGGGUUAAUCUUUUCUCAGCGUCACAGACCUUUGAGAAAGAACAGAAUUAACACUUGUUAGGCUUUAAAGAUCUAAACGUAUUUUAUUUUGUUUUCAUUUUUUAAAGUAAUCUCUGCAUCCAAUGGGGGCUCCGACUCAGGACCCUGAGAUCAAAAGUCACAUGCCCCACCCACUGAGCUAGCCUCCCUCUUCUGAACAUAUUUUAAUGCCCCAAAUUGACCUUUCCCAGGGUAGAAGCUUAUAUUGUUGGGCUCAUUUUAGGGAUAGGGCAAAUGGGCUCAAAGGGGUGAAUUUGAGUCCCCACUGGUCACACAGGUCAGAAGUGGAGGAAUUAUAAUUUCCAAGGGAAGGAGUGCAGGAAGGGUGAACUCCAGCCGCCAAGGCCAGGAAAGCUGCCGGCCCCUCCGGCACAACAGGCUCAAUCAUAGUGCUCAAACAUUAACUUGCAAGCCCUUUCCUCCGUUUCCUGAGGCCCCAGAGGGCGGGCGUGGCAGGCCUGGCUGAGUCACCCAUGCUGUCAGAUAUUGCUGGUUAUUUUAGCCACUGACUCAGAUUUUGUUGGGUGUCAGCUUUCUGGAGUCUCUGUGGCACUGAAGUGAAACCGAGGGAGGAGCCUGGGACAGGCUUCCGGGGUGGGCAGAGGUGGGCUGGGUUUGUGGACAGAUGGUUGUCUGAUAGUGGAGGCCAGAGCUAACUGCAAGUAACUGGAUGAUGGUCGUGAACAGGCCAUUUGUUCAUGUGAACAUUUAUUGAGCGCCUACUGUGUACCCAGAUUGACCCAGGCACUGGAGUGCAGUAGCGGCAAAGGCAGAGGCAAUCUAUCCAUUGCUCUUCUUUUAGUUGGAGGUGGAGGGGAGGGGACAGUGGAUGAGUCAUCACAUGAAAUGAGAUAAUUGAAGUGAAUUGAAAGUGAAGGGAUAUUGGAAGAAAUGAACGGUGAGAUGGAGUGUCCUAGGUGGGAAGACUUUGUCCCGAGUGGCCAGGGAGGGCCUCUCUGAGGAGGUGGUGUUAGAGCCAAGACCCGCAGGAAGAGGAGCUGGCCAUGAUGAGACUAGCUUGAGGACCAGGGUGAUUUUCUGGGCAGAGCCAAUAGCUGUGCAAAGGUCCUGGGGCAGGACCCGCCUGUCAUGUUAGAGGAACAGCCAGGAUGCCUGUAUGGCUGGAGGAGAAUGAGAGAGGGAGGAGGACAGGGCAGGGAGGGGACGGUAGCAGGUUCCUGCUGGGCCUUGCGGGCCUCUGGGAGGACUUGGGCUUUUCCCUCAGGGAGGUGGUGUCCCUGAAAGGCUGUGGACAUAAGCCGGCAGGAGCUGACUCAAGUGUUCAUCUGCGUCCUCUGGUGACUGCUCUGGGAAGGCCAGGGCCAGAAGUUGGGCCCCGUCCUGAGCCUGGGACCAGAGCAGUGGCAACAGAGCAGGUCCAGGCCAGCCUUGAUGGGGGCUGGACCUAGGUGGAGGCAGAGGAAGGACAAAUGGGGACAUUCAGAGCGUGAGUCUUUAUUUCAUCCCUGAGACAUUGUGAGACUUGGGACAAGUCACAGCCCUUUCCUGGGUCUCAUCUUUCCCAUCCAUACACAGAUCUAGUGACUUCAGGUCUGGAACUCCAGUACUUUGGAUGUCCCCGUGCCACUGCAGCAUACUUAAAGGACAGGAAUUUUGAAAGCCCUGCGCUGAGGCUUUUGCAUCCUGGCUGAGCUUAUUUUAUCCUCCCAACAGCCCAGGAGCCGGAGACUAUCCUUGUCCCUAGUUUACAGAUGAGGAAACAAAGGCCCAGAGAGGGGAAGUCACUUAUCCA